GUUCAUUUUCAAAGAGACCAGCUCUGUUUCUCUUGACAGAUUGUGAAAGUGCAUGGAUUAAAGAGUCCCAGGCCAUUCAAAAUGUUGGGAGGGAGGCAAGUGAUUUUCGGUAUGAUUAGAUUAUUUUCCUUUCAAUGAUUGAGUUGCCUUGCAGCUAGGACUCUGCUGGAAACUUCUAAGUCAGAAAAGCAAGAGGGGGAGAGAGAAGAAGAUGAAGUCUCUGAACGACAAUAACAAUGGCAGCAAUAAUAACUGGCUGGGUUUCUCACUUUCGCCCCACAUGAACAUGGAGGUGGCUACCGAUCCCCGACACCGUUCUCAUCAGUACCCUCAUCACAGUCAAGCUUCUGCUGCCGACGCCGCUGUUUCUUCUGUAUCUAAUGCUGUUCCUACGAGCUUCUACUUGUCUUCUCACCUCAAUGGCUCUGGAAUCUGCUAUGGAGUUGGUGAUAGUGGAGGCUUUCACGCCGCUUUGUCUGUUAUGCCACUUAAGUCAGACGGGUCUUUAUGCAUCAUGGAAGCUCUCUGCAAUAGAUCACAGUCAGAAGGGAUUGUGCCUACCUCGUCUCCAAAACUGGAGGACUUUCUGGGUGGUGCAACUAUGGACCCUCAUCAAUAUGGAAGCAACCAACGGGAAACAAUGCCUCUCAGCUUUGACAGCAUGUACUACCACCAAGAUGCGAACCAGGAACCCAACCGGCAGCAUUCCCUGGACCUUCUCCAAGAACCCUUUAGAGAGCAAGAACAAGGGCUUUCUGUUCAAACUCACCCGUACUUUUCAGGACUUGCCUGCCAUGCCAUGUAUCAGUCGCCAUUGGAGGAGGAAACCAAGGAUACCCAACUUCCAGACUGUGAUUCCCAGAUUCCUCAAAUGGGAGAAGAAACAAUGCCUUAUUUUAUAAACUGGGUAGCUAGGCACUUUUCUUCCCGUAGUUCAACGGAACAACAGAUGACUAGUAGCAUCGUCGAUAAUGGUGUAGCUUCCGGUGCUGUCGGUCCAAUGGGUUGUGGAGACUUGCAGUCCCUCAGUUUGUCAAUGAGUCCUGGUUCCCAAUCCAGUUGCGUUAUAGCUCCAAGGCAGAUCUCACCAACUGCCACUGAAUGUGUGGCCAUGGAAACUAAGAAAAGAGGGCCUGGAAUGGUGAGUCAGAAGCAAACUGUUCAUAGGAAGUCCAUUGACACUUUUGGACAAAGAACAUCCCAGUAUCGAGGUGUCACAAGACAUAGAUGGACGGGUAGAUAUGAAGCUCAUCUGUGGGACAAUAGUUGCAAGAAAGAAAGGCAAACCAGGAAAGGGAGGCAAGUUUAUCUUGGGGGUUAUGACAUGGAAGAGAAGGCUGCUAGAGCUUAUGAUCUUGCUGCUCUUAAGUACUGGGGAUCUUCCACGCAUAUAAAUUUUCCGCUUGAAAAUUACCGUGAAGAACUGGAAGAAAUGAAGAACAUGAACCGCCAGGAAUUUGUUGCCCAUUUACGGAGGAAAAGUAGUGGGUUCUCGAGAGGGGCCUCAAUGUUCAGAGGAGUUACUAGGCAUCAUCAACAUGGAAGAUGGCAGGCUCGCAUUGGCAGGGUUGCUGGUAACAAGGACCUUUAUUUGGGAACAUUUAGCACCCAAGAGGAAGCAGCCGAAGCUUAUGACAUUGCCGCAAUCAAGUUUCGCGGUGCAAAUACCGUGACGAACUUCGACAUCACUAGAUACCACGUUGAGAGGAUCAUGGCCAGCAGUAGUCUGCUCGCUGUGGAGUUAGCUAGGCGAAACAAAGAGACUGAUUCCAACAAUGAGGCUGGUGAUUACAAUACACACAGGAUAUCCAUCGGUGAGACCCUUCAACCCCUAGUCGGCCACGGGAAUGCUUUGGACUGGAAAAUGGCUCCGAAUCAAUCACCAAAGCUGCAACCGCAAUCAAUUGUUGAUGGUGUCAAGUCAAUCGUACACAAAUCUGUGAAUAAUGAAAACUAUCGAAAUCCCACUUUCUCAUCGGCCCUGCAUGAUCUCGUUGGUGUCAAUUCGGUGAGCUGUAGUCAGCCAAUGGUGGAUGAAUCCAUCAAGACAGGAGGAACUCAUUAUUCUAACUCAUCUUCGUUGGUAACCAGCGUAAGCAACUCUAGAGAAGGCAGCCUAGAUAAACCGGGGUCCACAAUGCUCUUUGCUAAGCCUCCCUUGGCAUCGAAGUUAGUUACUCCAACAAAUGGUGUUAGUUGGUUCCUCUCGGCCUCGAUGCAGCCCUGUGAUCUCUCAAUGAAAUACUUGCCCCUAUUUGCCGCCUGAACUGAUACCUGAAACCCUUGUCUGCUGUUAAUACAAACACGAAAAGUUUUGCAUGUGCAGUGCAAAGUUGAUGGAAUUGGAGGGAGGGAGAAGGUAAAUUUUGAUUAUGUCUUUUUCUAGGUGCAGUUUUUUGUGGGAGUAAGGGAUUAAUGGAAGACAAGGGUGGGGACCAGUUAUCUUUCUGGUAACCAAAUUGUAAGAAAUCUUUUCCUUUUGGCUUAUGUAAGAAUGAGAGACUAAAAAUGGGAGGGAAGGGGGGGAUUAAAGGAGGCGUAAUGAUUAAAUUCUAUGAAAUGAUAUAUUAUUCGAUCCUGCUUUUCUGCUUUAUAUGGGAGCUGCAAAGUACAAAAACCAGCUCAAUGUUUGUCAAUAAUGCAAGAAGGGAAGCUUA